UGGUGCAGGUGGUGGUGACCUGGUCAGCUGGAGUACCACCAGCGGCACACAAGAGGAUGGUGUUCAUGUGAAUGCGGGUCGGGCACAUGCCAGAACGGUGCAGCUAUUUGAGUCGAGGGGGUGCUGGCUUGCGCGGGGCACCAGUGGCACGGUGAAGCUGUCCGGGGCCACACAGUGCCACCAUCGCUGGCACCCUUUCUACCCACUCAGCGCUUCAUCACCUGAGUGUCAUGUGUGUGUGAUUAGUGGCGUCACUCGCUGUGUCAGUGCGCCAAGGGCCACGCCGAGGCUGCCAUGGAGCGUCGGGACUCGCUAAGUGAUAGUGAGAUGGAAGGAGAGUCGUUUUCAGAGUGUUACUCCGUUCUCCCUCCUGAUGAGAGUCACUCCUCUCCUGGGAAAACCCGCCACACGCUGCUCCCUGGAACGAGCGUCGCACAACAGUCGCCUGGACCACAACACCUGCUGCGGCCCAAGUCUCCACACACCAGGGAGCUACUACGGCGGUCAAGUUGCAAGCGGCAGGCGCCGCAGCCGCCCUGCAGGCCUUCCCCCACCGCCACACCUGUACCCUCAACCAUUUCCGUGCCCAGUACUACACCGGGACCCACUACCAUACCCGUGCCCUCCACCAUAGCGGUGCCCAACGACCCGCCCGGCCCCGUCAACACCGUUCACCUACAGAUAACCUCCGGGCCGCCGGGGAGCCAGUCGGUGCCACACCAGCCUGCUGAUCACACUCUCCGGCACACCAGGGUAAUCAGUCAGCCAGCGCUGCCCUCACCAGUGAGUGCCACCCCUGAGGGUGCCACACUAACGACUUCCUCACAGUCAGUGUCUUCAUCUCGCCCCUUGACCAACAGCCGACCCAUGUCUCCCCCUCGACCCAUGUCUCCUCCGUCGGUGCCAGGCGGUGUGGCAGUGGCACCGCCAGCGCCGAUACGAUCCGAGUCUUCACAAGUUACUACCAGGAACUACAACAACCUUAUAAUCAGACUUAUAGACGAAGAAUCGGACUCUGAUACUUACCAAUCAGAGACCUUCGAUGAUCACAUUGUGUUCCGGACUAUACCUGGCCCAGGGGUUCCUCAGGUCACUGGGGGUCACACGGGGCACCAGGUUGUGACCCCUUCACCCCGCCUGGCCAUUACCUCUUCCCCCUCACACGUUAUGAUCCCUCAGGCACCCUUCGUCAUCACUUCUUCAGUGUUCACGGCUCCGCAGGCACAGUUGAUCACUUCGUCUCCCGCGCAGGUUAGGACUACCACCAUAUCGACGCCCGCGCGGGUGAUGGUCACCUCGCCACAGGUACACACACACCACACACUGGCUAGGGACGAGCACAACCUCACAGUUAGAACUGACCUCAAUCAAAGUGAAAAUGUUAUUGUGUGUGGCGAUAACUACGACUUCUCUGGGAGUUUCGACGAGACUGUUGCGGAGGAGGAGUUGGAAGUGGCGACGCAGAGAGGACUCUGCCAUAACAUAGUGACCCGGGGUCGAGCCAGGGCCCUGAUGCACUCUGCGUCUGAUCCCGGAGUGCCACGCCCCCGGCGGCAGCACCACCUGCAGCAGCACCCGCGAGCCCCAGGCCUGGCCGUGCCUCCGCCCCUCGACCACCUCAGCGAAGAGGAGGUGGAAGAAUCUGACUACAAAGGGUACGAGGAGGUCCCGCGGGGCAGACUGCAACGGACGGACUCGCUGGUAACAGUGGCACACCUGUACGAGGACCUGCUGGUGUCCUCCCGCUUCAGGUUGCGCGUGACGCUGACCAACCUGACGGCGGUGGUAGUGGUGGCGGCCCUCGUCGUGCCCAACACCUCUACUAUACUCUACACAGUGUUCAGAUUAGUGUUUGGGACACUGUUCCCGGCCUACUACUCCUACAAGGCUGUCAAGACCAAAAACGUCAAAGAAUACGUAAAAUGGAUGAUGUACUGGAUUGUGUUUGCCUUCUUCACAUGUUUCGAGACGCUAACCGACCUCUUCUUAAGUUUCUGGUUCCCUUUCUACUACGAGCUCAAGAUCUUAGUGGUGUUGUGGCUCUUGUCUCCCGCCACCCGGGGGUCAUCCAUUUUGUACCGCAAGUUUGUACACCCAUGGCUGACCCGUCGAGAAGAUGACAUUGAUAAUUGUAUUGCUCAGGCUAAGCAGCAGGGCUACUCCACUGUUAUACAGCUUGGCACCAAGGGCGUUAAUUACGCCACCACGGUCUUAAUGCAGACCGCAAUUAAGGCAAGUCGGGGAAAUCAGGGAGGUGGCGGUAUUGUGAAUCAGCUGCGUCGUAGUUACAGCUCUGGUGAACUAGCCGAUGAGGACAUGAAUCGAAAUGUUAAGGCUUUACCGCACAUUCCUGAUGAUGACUACGAUGAUCGCAACCACUCCACAGGGUCAUACGAGGGUGAGCCACGUAUUCGUGCAGAGAGUGAUGCAGCAUACAAGCCUCGGGGGUCAUCAGCAAGUCGUAUUGUCCGCUCUACCAAGACUAGAUCGGCCGAUGUGUCUGAAGUUUUCUACCAAGAUGUCCCAGAUGAAGCCAUCCCACGCAGACGUUCUCCACGUACUCAGGACACAGCUAGAUCUCAGCCUACGCUACACUUCCAAGAGCCGCCAGCAAAAGGACAGUCACGAAAAAGAGGCAAGUCUGAAAAUCGACCCAGACCAAAAUCAAUGAUUAAUGCAGCAGAUGUGACUCGGGGUGCAGAGUGGGCUCGUGCUCAGCGAGUUGGGUCCACAGUCUCACUUAAUACAGAGCUAGAGUUAUCCGAGUCAUCGUCUCACUCUUCUUUAGCAUCAAUUGCCUCUUCUUCUCAAGGACAGCAUUCAGUUAGACCAAAGACUCGAACAGGCUCCAUGCGCAGACCAAGAGUUAACUCUCAAGGUAGAAAAGUGACAGGAACAAUAUCACGGUCUUCAUCUCGUUCCACCACAAAUGUUGUUAAAGCAGUUUCCUUGGAGGCUGGUUCUGAAUCAGAGUAAUGAAAAUAAAAGACAAUUCAAAGGUUGCAAUUGUUAAUGUGAUUAAUAUGUCUUAAAUGGUGUUAUGGACUGUGAUUUAGCAGCUUAUGGAGAUUAUUGCAUAUCUGUGCAAAGUCUUAGAUGCCAGAUUUGCAGGUGAUAUAUAACUGGAAUAUUUUUUUGUAUUCUUUUCAAUAGGAAGAGAGUAAUGAUUUAGUUUUAGAAAUGCUUUAAAUUUCAGCUUCCUUUGAAAAGUAUGACUGUAAUUGCACUGUAUAUUUUAUACAAGAUUUAUUACAUAUGGAUAAGACAAGUAUUACAUGAAGAUAUUUCAACAGCUUGUUUCAUCAUAGUAACCAAAACAGUGUGGUUCGUAAGGAAGACUAUAAUUGCUCUGUAAUUAUAUGUUGGCAGUGAAAACACUUAUGUGGAUUAUACAUUAUAUUCCUUUAAGCAUUUGUGUUUCUUGCUUCUUAAUACAAAAAGCAUUAAUGACAUUAUCUGUAAAAGAAACACCAUAGUCACUUUUCUAAAUGUUUUAUCCAUUACUCUCUCCAAUGCUUGUCAUUUUAAUGCACUGUGUAUCAUGCUCAGUUGAUCAGUGUGUGCACAAAAUACAAUCUCUCUCUUGUACACUUCUUGCUUGAUGUAUCACUUACGAGGAUUUGUGGUCUUCCUAUUUGGACAGUGUUCAGCAUUAAUGCAUGUGCAUUUUAUAAUACACGUAUAUAUACAUGUAUACAUGAUUUUUUAUUUUUUUUAUACCGAGAAGCGUGAUUAAAUUGUUUUGUAAAAAUGUCAAGCAAUUCAACACAAUAUUAUUUAAGGUUUGACAGUUCCUUGUGCAUGACAUACUGAUUGGGUCAAAUUCAUCCUUUAAAAUAUCUUCAUAUUUAUUGAACCAUUUUCUAAAUGUAGAUGGUGUUAGAGAGAGAAGUGUACUAAAAGUUAAUUCACAAUUAAUCAAGCGCAGUUGUUGCACAUUGGUAUUAUUGCUUUGCAUUAUUCAUAACAUUUUGCAUAAGAAAAAAUGAGAUUGUUAAUAAUGUGGGUGCAUUUGUAUAUAUGAUAUUGUUACAGCACCAUCAACAAAGAUACUCAUUGUGGAUCCAUUAUUUACCAGAUUUUGAAUUCAUUAAACAGGAGCUUUAAGUACGGUAGAUAAUCAACAGUGAAGACAGGAAAUAUAUGAUAUUAUGCUACUGUUUAUUUAUAAAUAGGAUUGCUAGCAGUGUUAUCAGGAACAACUCUUUGGAGGCUUCAAGGUGAUUGAUAUGCAUGAUAAUAGUAAAAUUACUACACACAAAUGUUUGGACAAGUCACACAUUAGUGUAUUGGUGUAGUGAUGUAGUUGUCCUAAUACCCUGCUCAUCUAGGCUUGGCAGAUCAAAUUCGCAAGUUUUCCUUGGUUCAGUAAUCUUUAAUCAAAAGUAUUUUGUACUUAAGUAUACAGAUCAUCACAAUAUUUCAAAAGAAGGCAAGAGUCCGGACCAAGGAAAGCUUCUUGCUUGAAAAUAGAGAGUAUCCUCUACCUCGAUUGAGCAGCAUUCUCACUUUCUAAGUAGCUUCAAAGUAGAAGUUGUUUAGAAUAAAAUUCUAAGAAUAUCUUUUUUUUAUACUUUGAUGUUUUUAUCAUAAAAGCUCAAACUGUAAUGUCAAUUAUUAAUCUCUUUAAAAAAAAUUUAUUUACAAUUACAAAAACAAAUAUCAAGACAUUCGAAUCCAGAUGACCACUUAAGAGCUAUAGGGGUUUAUGUGCCAUUGCUGUCACUGUUAUGAAAAUGAGGUGUUAAUUUUGCCUCAUUUAUUAAAGAAAUGGUGUUUUAAGUUUCCAGUUAUGACAUGUAUAUUGAACAAUGUUGUGAAGUCGGAUUUUUAUUAUGGGAAUUUCCAGUCCCCUUAUAGUUGUAAAGAAUACAGUAUAUUGUAACCUCAUUUUAUGUUAUGUCGGAAUGAUUGUUUUAACGUAAAUAAAGAAUGAAAGAUUAA